GUACUUGUUAUACUUAAACCAAAAAAAUAGUCUGGUCUUCUUAUAAAGAAUAUAAUUAGAAAAUGCCAUAUUUGGAUUAUAUGGUAGCGCUAAGAAGCUGCAAAAUUAGAGUUUUACACAUAGCAGGUUAUACGGCCCCUUAGUGUAAUACACAUAUUUUUUUACUACACUUUCCCCUGGCAAAUUUAUACUUGUUGUAUCAUCAAUCAACAAUGUCCAAUUCAAAAGAAAUAGUUGACCCAGUCAAGGAUGUCCGUUUAUGGGAAGAGUAUUAUGAAGCAAAACAUGAGAAAAGAGAUGAGGUAGUAAUUAUUGACACUCAGUGUCGACCUGAUAAAUCUAAAGGAAACAAGUACUUGUUUGGGACUGAUGUCAAGGAGAAUUCAGAAAUCUUUAAUAUUGCCAAGUUCAAUGGUUUGAAUGAUGAAUUUCAUGGCUUAGACUUUGUUCAUAAUAACUAUGAUCAACUCUCUAGAGUGUCACACGAAUGCUUUGAUAUUGUGAGAAAGUUAUUGAUCCUCUUUGCUAUUAUCUUGGAAUUGGAUGAUGAGUUAUAUUUCGCUAAUCGUCACAAAUAUGAGGAUCCAAGUGAUGAUCAGUUCAGGUACAUGAAGUAUCAUCCUCGAACCCCUGAAGAUGAUAGUAAAGUCGAUAACAUUUGGGCUCGAGCUCAUACUGAUUUUGGGACAUUAACUCUUCAUAAUGAAAUAGAGUUGGUUAUUAUAGAUGAAGGAAAAAUAAUAAAUUAG